UACAGAACAGCUAGUCUCCUUCUCUUAGAAAAGUUAUUAGUUGGCAACAGUUGGAUCAGAUCAGGCACGCGCACGCAGUAAACCUCUGCAGUUUAGUAAUGAUGGUUAAAAUACUGCCUCAGUUUCUCAUUUGCUUUUGUAUAACUUUGCCAUUCUGUUUCGCCGAGAAGGCUAAAGAAAGGAACGCCCGGCAAAGAGACGCGGAGUUUACAGACAAGUACCAGCCAUGCAUGCAGGGUGUACCUGGAGUGCAAGGCAGGGAUGGGAACCCGGGGAUAAAUGGCAUUCCAGGAACACCAGGAAUCCCUGGGAGAGAUGGGAUUAAAGGCGAGAAGGGAGAGUGUGUGACAGAAAGGUUUGAUGAUCCCUGGAAACCGAACUUCAAACAGUGUGCUUGGAAUUCAUUAAACUACGGCAUUGAUCUAGGCAAGAUAGCUGAGUGCACUUUCACCAAGCAGCGUUCAGACAGUGCUCUGCGUGUGCUGUUCAGCGGUUCGCUCCGGCUUAAGUGCAAGACGGCCUGCUGUCAGCGCUGGUACUUCACCUUUAAUGGGGCUGAAUGCACUGGACCGUUACCCAUAGAGUCCAUCAUUUACCUGGACCAGGGCAGCCCUGAACUCAACUCCACCAUCAACAUCCACAGGACAUCCACAGUCGAGGGGCUCUGUGAUGGGAUCCAGGCUGGUCUGGUGGAUGUUGGGAUAUGGGUGGGCACUUGUGCCGACUACCCUCGUGGUGACGCGUCUACAGGAUGGAAUUCUGUAUCCAGGGUGAUCAUCGAAGAGCUGCCAAAAUGAGCAUGAUCACUGUCACCAUGGCAAUAGAAGACAGCGACAUCAUGUUCCUUUCACAGAAAAGACCUUCCUCAUAGAAAUUGGACAAAUAAAAGCUAAUAUUGUUGCUUUGAGUCUGUGCCACUCUCAUGUAUUAGAUUAUGAUUCUCUGGCUCAGUUAAGAGGGAUUCAGUAUGCUCAGUUUAGAUACUACAGACAAUUAGAGAGGAAUAAGUGUCCUGUUAGUACUACGGUUAUUUGGAAAAUACCAUGAUACAAAUUUGAAUGAUGAAAAAGUAUCUUUUACUAUUUAAAUAUCAUGGUAAAUGAAUAUGGUAUUUAAACAGUACCAUGUUGUUACCCAAGAUGUCAUCACUGUACCAUGUUAUUGCCAUCAUUUUUUUUUUAACAUUGAAAGUCCAACAAAGAUGAUCCUUACUUUGCUAAUAUUUAUUUAAUGAUUCUUCUUUGUGCCUCUAUGACUAGAACGCAACAUAUUUUUGUGUCCAUUGUGUUUUUUUUUUAAAUGACCAAAGGCAAUGAAGAAAAGUCAGGGUCAAGUUUCACCUCACUAAUAAAAAAUGUAAUAU